UUUCAGGCAGGAACGUGCUAUAUUAUCGCAGGUAAUUUCUCAGAUAAAUAUCUUCAUAUUUAAAUCAUAUUUAAAUUCUAACUUAUCUAUACAAAUUUCAUACAAACAGUAGCAAACCACCCAUCAAGGUCAUUUAUAGUCCAAGCGUCAUCUGUUUGAUCCCUAACAGUGGCUUCGGAGUUUCGUCGUGAGCCAUGGCUCCACGGACUUCUCAGUGGUCAAUUCCCCUAGCCAUCGGUCUGGGCGUCCCAAUUGGUCUUUACCUCACAUUUAUUUUCCUCGGCGCUUUCCCUUUCUUUCAAAGACAUUUUCUAUACCUUCAUAGACUGAAUACGUUGUUUUGGCAUGAUAUUAAUAAGCCGGAGUAUUGGGGGUUCGCCAGAAACCAAGUGACGCCUUUUUCAUUAACAACAAUAGAUGGGGAGAGCAUCUAUGCGUGGCACAUUCUGCCACUUCCAGUUUACCUAAAACAUGAGGACAAACUCGAAGCCCAACAGCCAGGCUUUGCUGAUGACAUAACAAAAAUGGUAUCGUUUAGUCUGUUAAAUGAUGACCCUGAGGCACGGCUUGUAAUUUAUUUUCAUGGAAACCUUGGCCAUAUAGCCCAGGGUUUUCGUACGGAUAGUUACCAUACCCUAACCGACUCUUCUCAUUAUCAUGUUCUUGCUAUCGAUUAUCGAGGUUUCGGUAAAUCAACUGGUACGCCCUCAGAAGCGGGAUUAAGCCACGAUGGUGCUGCUGCCGUAAACUGGGCUUUGGAGGCCGGGGUCCCAGCGAACCGAAUCGUCCUUUUAGGCCAAAGUCUCGGCACUGCUGUUACAAGCGGAGUUGCAGAGCAUUUUGCUAUGCAAGGGAUCGAAUUCGCGGGUGUAAUUCUCGUUGCUGGGUUUUCAAACGCGCCUACCUUAGUUGCUUCCUACACGGCGGCUGGUUUUAUCCCAGUGCUUUCACCGAUUCGUUCGAUACCACCACUUCUUCGCUUUUUUCAGGGUUUCAUCGUGGAUAAGUGGAAAUCCGCAGAUCGACUCGCACACAUUGUGACGUUGACGAGGACGAGGCUACGACUAACUCUGAUCCACGCCAAAAAUGAUAUGGAGAUUCCCUGCCAUGAGAGUGACAAACUGUUUAAGUCCGCAGCCAGCGCUACAUUCAAUGAAGAAUUAGAUGAUGAGUCAUUUUUGUCGUGGAAGGAACAGCGAACUUUCCGUGAGGAAGAUGGAACUUUCAAGACGAUUAUUCGUAAUGAGCCAAAUAUGGUCAUCAGACAAGAACUCGUGCGAUACGGCGGGCAUAACGAUGUUAUGAUGUCUGCAGCAGUAUCACUCGCAGUCAUGAGGUCAUUUGAACUGAAUAGUAAUCAGUCUUCCAGUCUCAUCUAGGUAUUUAGGUAUACCUAAGUAGUGACGCAAUUGUGGCUUGCAGGAUAGAGAUAGAAUGUCGGUGAAUCUCCCCACUACAGUGCCGAACCGAACUUGGAGGCAUCCAUGGAUGAUAUUUAUUUUCUAAGUACACACUAGAAUUAUUAAAAAUUGGGCAUCAUUAUAUAGAAAUUAAAUCAAAUCCAUAUAGUUUGACGUUGAUUCUUUUGCCUGAGGAUCAGGUUGGAUUAGCGAAUAAAACUUUGUAUGAAAAUAUCAAGUAGUGGGUGGAUUAACGGGGCUGGAGAUCGCUAAUCCGCCUAACUGGGUAGCUCCAGGGCUACCUAAAUAGCCCCGCGCUGCGACCUUGACAUGGAUUCGACAGCCCCUCCUCAACUAAAACAUAACCCCAAUUGCCUACCAACCUUCACUAUAAUCGACACCCAUUCCUUUCAGCACGCGCAUUCCCCGGCCUACGUUUGUGACCAGUCAUAAUGUCCGAUGAAUCCAAGCCCGUAAAGGGUAAGGGAAAAGAGAAGGACAAGGAAAAGGAUGAGAAGGAAAGGGAAAGGGCUGCGAAGAAG